AUUAGUUAGGAGGUCACAAUAUUAUUGGAUGUAGCAAAUCUACACUGGCAAACAUGAUUUCAUACCAUUUUGAUCUGAAAGGACCAUCAUAUGUUGUCGAUACAGCAUGCAGUUCUAGCCUUUAUGCCUUGGCCAUUGGUUAUGAUUUUAUUAUGUCGGGCAUAUGCGACGACGCAAUAAUUGGAUCUGCAAAUUUCUUAAUACGCAAUAAAAUUAAAGGAACACUUCUCAUAUCCACGAAAAGUAAAGUAUUGUUUCACUCAGCGGUUGUUGCAGACCUUUUGAUAUUGCUGCAAAUGGUUAUGUGCGUAGCGAAACGGUGUCAGUGAUAUAUCUUCAAAAAAUGA